AUGGCGUUCACGCUCUACCGGUUCUGGGAGUUCAGCGACUAUCGAAGCCGCGAGGCGCCGCGGGGCUCGGAAGCAAACGUCGUAAACGCUGCCAAGACCUUUAUUGAGUCCUGCAGCGACGUUGCUCCGCAGCAGAGGAUGAAGCUCUACGACCAAUGGGCCGAGACGUACGAACAGGAUCACAGCCUGAUUGGCUACAGAGCGCCACAUCAGACGGUAGACUUCCUGAAUGCCAACUUCUCUGGGAGUCGUGAGGAGGUUCUGGUUCUGGACGUGGCAUGUGGGUCUGGAUGGGUCGCUAAACUGAUGGCUGAACUGGGCUUCAGGAACUUUGUGGGAGUGGACGGCAGUAAAGGGAUGCUGGAACAAGCUGCAAAGACCGGCCUCUAUCAGGACCUCAGACUGGCCCUACUGGGAACAGAACCACUGCCGGCACAGACUGAUGGGUUUGACGUGGUGAUGGUCGUCGGUGCAUUGCGUGAUGGUUUUGUUCCAGUCAGCGUUGUGAGGGAGCUCUGCUACGCUGCCAGACCAGGAGGCUACGUCUGCAUGUCGAAAGUGGACCCAAAGUUGGAAUCUGGAGACAAAUACAAGGUGUGUUUGGAGAAAGAGCUGCAGCUGAUGGAGGACGAGGGACUGUGGACCCGUGUGAUCAGCCAAGAGAUGGAGAGAUACGUGAUGGAUGUUAAUAAUUAUCUCAAAAACCAGCAUGAUGACCAGUACCUCUAUGGGACCAUGUACCUGUACAGGAAGGGCCUCAAUUAG